ACACUGAAAUAAAUAUAUAUUCUGCAUUAGAAUAAUAUAAAGAAAUCAAGUUGGAUCCAUUCAAAACUGCAUAAAGAGAUCUUCUUUGCAAUACCCAGAUCCAAAAAUCAUCACAAAAGGACCUAUUUUUGUUUAUGGGUUCUGAAAAACUUUUGGGGCUUAAACUAGCAAAUUUGCUUUUAGUUCCUUUAGUGUUCUUCCAUGAACCUUCUGUGAGUAUAUGUUGAUUUGUAACAACAGGGACAAUCUAAGGUUUCUAAAUUUAGAUUUGUACUAAUAUACCAGUAAAAGGAUUGGAUAAGUUUCUCAAAAUGGAAGGUUCAAGGUCUAUGAGGAUGAUGGAGAAGAGAGGGUAUGAGCAGGGUGUGCAAGAUGAUGGUGCUGAAAACCACUUACCUGAGUCAAAGAAACGCAGAUUGCCUGCUUUGGCAAGUGUAAUUGUGGAAGCUUUAAAGGUGGAUAGCAUGCAAAGACUUUGUUCGUCAUUGGAGCCUCUACUUCGGAGAAUUGUAAGUGAAGAAGUAGAGCGAGCUUUGACAAAGUUGGGUCAUGGUAAACUAGCUGGCAGGUCUUCACCACCGAGAAUACAAGGCCCAGAAGGAAAAGUUCUGCAGCUUCAUUUCAAAACGAGGAUGCCACCUCAUAUAUUCACAGGCGCAAAGGUUGAGGGAGAACAAGGAGCAGCAAUUCAUAUUGUCUUACUAGACAUGAAUACUGGCAACAUAAUGCAAACAGGACCAGAAUCAGCUGUUAAACUGAAUGUUGUGGUGCUUGAAGGUGACUUCAACGAGGAAGCUGAAGAUGACUGGACCUCUGAGCACUUUGAAAACUAUGAACUAAAGGAACGCGAGGGGAAAAGGCCACUUCUCACAGGAGAUCUACAAGUGACUCUAAAGGAAGGGAUAGGUACUCUAGGAGAUCUUACUUUCACUGACAAUUCUAGCUGGAUAAGGAGCAGGAAAUUCAGGCUUGGUGUUAAGGUUGCCCCUGGAUACUGUGAGGGGAUUCGUGUUCGUGAGGCUAAAACAGAUGCCUUUGCUGUCAAAGAUCAUAGAGGAGAAUUGUACAAGAAACAUUACCCACCUGCAUUGCAUGACGAAGUUUGGAGAUUGGAUAGAAUAGCCAAGGAUGGAGCUCUGCAUAAGAAACUGAUUAAGGCUGAGAUUGUAACUGUUGAAGACUUUCUUCGUCUUCUCGUUAAGGAUCCACAAAGAUUGAGAAGUAUCCUUGGGAGUGGAAUGUCAAACAGGAUGUGGGAGAACACUGUGGAGCAUGCCAAGACAUGUGUCUUGGGUGGGAAGCUCUAUGUUUACUACACUGAUGAAACUCAUAGCACUGGUGUUGUUUUUAACCAUAUUUAUGAGCUCAGGGGACUUAUAGCUGAUGCCCAGUUUCUCUCUCUAGAAUCGCUUACCUACAAUCAAAAGGUUUCAGUGGAUUCACUUGUGAAAAGAGCAUAUGAAAAUUGGCAUCAAGUUGUAGAAUAUGAUGGAAAAGUCUUAAACUCCCUCACUAAUACCAGAAAAGGGUUGAUAACCUCAGCUACAGCUGUGGCUGAUAACUAUGCCACAGAUCACCGUAGUGAAGCAACUCAGACCAGGGAGCAGUAUAUCUCCUCUCAAUGCAACCAGCACUUACAAAAUAACCAAUCAGCAGUCCCUCAGUUCAUUGAAUUUCCAUUUGUGAGGUCUGAUCCAACAGCCUUGGUGACUAUAAAUAACCAACAAGCAGCAUUGUCUGGCAGCAUGGAUUACAUGUCAGCUGGAACUAGAGCAGUUGGUUGUUCAUACUUUCCAGGAGAUUGGUCACGGCCAAGGAACGGGCAGGGUUUAGAAGCUUUUGUUGCUGAUGAAAUUCGGUUAAGGAGUUCAGAGAUGUUGGAGAGUGAUGACAUGCAGAGAUUGCUGAAGACUUUCACUAUGGGAGUUGGUAGUGGAAUGGGAUCUGGUUUGGGUAAUUCUGAUGAAGCUUGUUACACUUACAGUGUACAAUACGAGCCUCAAAUGGAUCAACAGUUUGAGCGAGAGCGUGGUCGGGGAUCAGGGAAGGCUGUCAUUGGGUGGCUUAAACUCAGAGCCGCUUUGAGGUGGGGAAUAUUUGUUAGGAGGAAAGCUGCAGAAAGAAGAGCUCAGCUUGCAGAGCUAGAUUGAGAUAAAUGCUUAAGUUUAUUACUACAGAGUUCAAUACUAUAAGAUGUGUUUUAUGCCUUGGAACUCAUUUGCUUGGAGAGGGAACACAGGAAAAGCAUAUUGAAAAACUUGAAACAUUUAAGUUCUACAAAAGACUGAAAGUGAGAGGGCUGCAUUCAACAUGAUUCCAUAGGUUUUUUAUUAUCACCUACGGCUUAGCCAAACUCAAUAACAAAAUUAUUCCUGCCAAAAACAAAAAAAAAAAAAAAAAAAAAAAAAAAAAAAAAACUCAAUUAAAAAAUUCACUUAGAAAUUUUUCUUCCUUGUAAAUUAAAUUUGUUGGAUAUGUCUACCGAGUUAAUCUUGUUACAAGUUCAUUGCCUGUAUUUUCUUGUGAAUGACAGUAUUUUUCAAAUAUUCCCUUUUACUUCUUGUAGAAAUACAACGAAUUUUUUUCACUCAACACUGCAAUUUUUAUUUUAUUAUUAUUAUUAUUAUUUUUUGGGAUUAA